AUGAUUGACCCAAUGGUCCUCAAGUAUGAACUGGAAUCGCAGCCUUUGUUACCCUGUGAGACUGCUAGAGAGAAAGCCUUUCCUGCUGGAGGAGACUACAUCCCGCAGUGCUCGGAGGAAGGACUAUACAGGAACAUCCAGUGCGACAGAAAAGGCACCACCUGCUGGUGUGUGAAUUCUGAUGGGAAGGAAGUAUCGGGCAGCAGACAAAUGACUUCUCCUCCUUCAUGCUUAUCCUUUUGCCAGCUUAGAAAGCAGCAGGUCUUGGUCAGCGGAUAUAUAAACAGCAGCUCGACUUCCCAUAUCCCAGAAUGUAAAAACUCUGGGGAAUACCAUGACGUGCAAUGUGACCGGCAGCUCGGAGAGUGCUGGUGUGUGGACAACGAGGGGAUGGAGAUCUACGGAACACGACAGAUGGGCCAACCUGGGCAGUGUCCAAAGAGAUGUGCCGUAAGAGAUCGGAGAAUUCUGCACGACGUUGGGGAGAAGGUUCCCCCUCAUUGCUCUGAGGAUGGCGGCUUCCAACCUGUCCAGUGUAAACUCGUCAAUACAACAGACCAGAUGGUGGUUGACCUUGUGACAACGUUCAGCAGGUCUCCAGAUUCCUUCAAGUCGUUCAGCUCCCUGCGGGAAUCCUUCCCAGAGAUUUCCGGAUACUGUUACUGCGCCGAUCAGCUUGGCCGCGAGCUGGCGGGAACCGGGGUAGAGCUCCUGCUCGAUGAAAUCUAUGACACGGUCUUCUCUACACUCACCCGUCCGCGUACAUUCACCGAAACCGCCAUCUAUCGUAUCCUACAAAGGCGUUUUCUGGGAGUACAGCUCAUCACAUCGGGCAAGUUCAGAUGUCCUUCAACAUGUGAGAUCCAGAGGUUCACUGCAUCCCAGAUGGGAGAUGUAUAUGUGCCAACAUGUGAUGAAGAUGGUGAUUUUGUGCCUGCUCAGUGCCAGGAUGGUGGACAGUGUUGGUGUGUGGACCUCACAGGACGGGAGAUCUAUGGAACUCGUGUUGUGGGAAAGCCUCCACAAUGUGACAACUACCAGGACUGCCGUGUAAAAAGGAGACAAGCUCUGUCUACUCUAUUCUAUGGACCAACCGGCCACUUUGCACAACAAAGUUUGUUUUUGACACAAGAGGAGGAAGCGGGAACCAAGAUAAGCUUUAAUUUUUGCCCAUCCUACCUAGUGGAAACCUUCUCAGAUUCAGGACUAGAGUUUGAACUGGCGAAAGGUCUGGGGCUUUCUCUGAAGAGCUUCAUGGUUGAAAUGAUUACGGGGCUUUUCCAAUCCAAGGAGCAGAUACAGCUUGCUCUGCAAUUCACCUCUAACCCUAUAAGAUUUCAACAGAAUCUGUUUGGUGGCAAAUAUCUGAAGAACUUGGGCUCCUUCAACUUUACAGGAGCCAUUGGCAUGAAAAACAAAUUCAGCUUUAGUGAUUUUUUCCAGCAGAUUGGCUUGACGGGAAUGUACAGCGGAGGGAACUUUAAAGAGCUUGCCAAGUUAUUUUCUUCUGAAGAGGAUUCCUAUUUGAGUCGUGACUCCAACAUUUCAAAACCAUUUUUUGACCUUAACCAACCUAUCCUGGCUAGUUUUGGACGCACUGUAAAUUUGCAUGAAAACCAGAAACGAGUUGGGUCCUUUUCAUCCAUUAUAGGACUUAAAGAGUUUUCAGUCUUACUUCGAGACAUCAUUUCCAUGCCACCAAAAGUUGCUGAGGAUGUUUUUGAGGCCGUGAAGAUAAUUGUGGAGUCUAAAGACUGUAGAAAAGGCAAGGAGGCUUAUGUUCCAACUUGUACAAAAGAGGGCAGAUAUGAAGAAAUUCAGUGUGGCCAGUCUGAGUGUUGGUGUGUAGAUGAUAAAGGACGGGAAGUUCCAGGGUCGAGGACAUCGGACAAGAAACCAAAAUGUCCCUCAAAGUGUGUGAAGGAACGAGAGAGUCAAAUACUCUUAAGGAAAAGUCAGCCUGCUGGAUCUGAAUUGUUCAUUCCAGCCUGUGAUCAGAACGGCAAGUAUAGAACAGUGCAAUGUGCCGGCAAAUACUGCUUUUGUGUCGAUUUAGAAGGCAGGACUAUUCAAGGAACUCAGAAACUGUCUGGAGAAAAUAUUCAAUGCCCGAGUUAUUGUCAGUUGACCGCCAGCAAUGCCUUUAUUCAAGCAGCAAGCAGCCUGCUAUCUGGUUCUUCAGAACUUCCUGAGCUUUCCCGAGUUUACUUCCCCCAGUGUACCCUUAGUGGUGAAUGGAGCACUGUGCAGUGCAGUGGGCCCACCGAACAAGCCUUUGAGUUUUAUGAGAGAUGGACAAGACUAAAUGCCAACAUCUCUUUUCUUGAAACUCUCAGCAUACUGCUCAAAUAUAAAGAGUCGACUUCACAGAGUUUUUCUAACUUUCUACAAAAACUCUAUGACCAAGGACAUCAGAAUGUCUUCCCUGUGCUCUCAAAGUACGUUCGUUUUAGUGAUCUUCCAGAAGACAUUCUGUCUGGGAAUAUAACAACAGUGUCAUCAGAAAACCUACUGCUCAACCCGUAUAUUUUUUGGAGAUUGUUAGCAGGUAGUUUGAGUACCUAUCCAGGUCCAUACAGUGAUUUCUCCUCACCCCUUGGCCACAUUGAGCAGCGUAGCUGUUGGUGUGUUGAUCUUGAUGGACAGAAAAUUCCUGGAAUGGAAAUUGUGUCAAAGAAGGUUCCAAAAUGUCCCGGAACUUGUGAACUGGCCAGAAUGAAGUCCCAGCAGUUCGUGGAGGAGGCAAAUAACAUAAUUGCUGCUUCCAAUGUUACCCAUCUUCCCCUGGGGCACAGCUUCUUACUGGCAAAUGGAAUACGACUGUCAGAGAGGGAUCUGAUGUAUACAGAGGAACAGAAAUCUGGGAUUGCGCUUUCUGAAAGUUUCUUGGGGAAGGACAUGUACGCCAUACAGCUGGCGGCAUACUCAACUUUGAAGUUCUUCCAGGAAAGCCGAUUUGGUAGCACAGAGACUGUGCGGCUGUCUUAUGCCCCAUAUAUGCCUCAGUGUGAUGGAAUUGGAAAUUGGAACCCUGUUCAGUUUUAUCAAGGAACUGGUCACUAUUGGUGUGUGGAUAAUGAAGGAAGCUACCUUGAUGGGACCCUGGCAUCACGGACUACUGGCCCCCCACAGUGCCAAACAUCAUGUCAACGAGCUCAAACAAAAGCAUUGAUCUCCAGUUGGCUGCCAAGGAAAUCUGCUGCUGUUGGUACUGACCCAUCUGAAGGAUUUAUACCAAAGUGCACAGAGGCUGGACAGUAUGUUUCUUUACAAAGAUCAGACACGGAUUUCUGGUGUGUGAGCCCGGUGAGUGGUGAAGUUAUCCCAAAAGAUGUAAACACCGCGGAGAACAUAAAUUGUUCAAGCCUUUGCACUGUAUUUCCUGGAGAUAAUUCAGAAGGUGAAGGGAUCGGUCUUGCUUGCAGUAGGGAUGGAACCCAGUCCCGGGAGCAGUGUGACCGGGAUAACAAUGUGUGUUAUUGUCUAUUCCCAACUACCGAAGAGGCUGCUGGGACUCGGGUCACCCUGGCGGAAAGAACAGCCUUUCUCCACCGGUGUGCCGUGGCACUUCGGGGUGCCUUCUGGCUUCCUCAGGGGUGCCUCAGCAUUCCCGAUGCCCCGGUGUGUGCACUUCCAUUCGGCUUACAGGAAAUCAAACACGGAUCUCUAUUCUGUUCGGUGCUUCUGGAGUCCGGGAAGAAGGUGCAGAAAUGUCAGCUUGUGUGUCAGGAGGGCUACACCAAUCUGUUCUCCACUUCCACAUUCACAUGUGACCCGAAUUCCCGUCUCUGGGUACCCCAGUCACUGCACAGUCAGCCCUGCCAAAGGGUGAAGCCGUUCAGUAUGGUCCGGACUCAGGCUUGGUUCCAGCUCUUGCUCCCCGCUGGUAAAAUGUGUACCGAGGACUACUUGGGAUUAUUAGAAGCAUUUCGAACCUUCAUAUUAGACGAUCUGAGGGCCAGAGGACUCUGUCAUAUUCAGGUGACCACGUUCGGAAGCCAGGGUACCAUACCCGUAUGUGAUAAUUCCACCGUCUAUGUUGAGUGUUUGACAACAAGCCGUAUGGGAGUCAAUGUGACUUGGACAGUCCGGACACAAGAAAUCCCAGAAUCCUCUCUGCCUACUUUACUUGAUAUUGAAAAUGCGCUGGCGACGGAGAAUGUGGUUGGACGCCUGUUAUCACUUAUCGGAUCUGGCAGCUAUUCCCUGGAUUUGGAUUCCAAGCUCUUUGUGGCAGACAAGUCUGAUUUCCUCCCUAAAGACUCCUCCACACAGGUCAGACUCGGCUGUGGAAAAGGAUUCCAGAAGUUGCUGAAUUCCGGGGCAGACGAAAUUGGGAAUGUUGCUGGAUGCGUUAUUUGUCCAGCGGGAAGUUAUUCUGAAGCUGGGGAGUGUGUGCCUUGUCCACAUGGCUACUACCAGGAGAAGUCGGGGAGCAGCCAGUGCCUAAAAUGUCCUCUGGGCACCACCACUGGCUACACCGGAGCUUAUAAACAGAACCAUUGUGUCACGCGUUGCCAGGCCAACACUCGCGGACUACGCUGCGAUGACAAAGGACAGUUCUUGCCUUUACAGAGAGAUGAAUCGACUGCCAAGUAUUUCUGUGCUGAUAGUGCCGGGGAGAAGCUGACAUGGACGGAAACUGACCAGGAACUCCGAGAUGACCAAUGCUUACUGUUACGAAGGUUUAACCUGGUCCCAGAAGACAGACUGAUUGUCGCUGAUAGAAUUUUGGAGACUGCACAGUCCAUGGAAGUUAAGACACGUCAGAAGACCCUGGUGGAAUGUAUUGAUGAUUGCUCAAAGGAUGAGUCAUGUGACUAUGUUGCGGUAUCUGGGAAUGGCACCGGUGUGAUUUGUGAGGAGUAUAAUGGAGAUGGAGGAUCAAAUAUCAUCUGUUCCACCAAUAAUCAGGUUCAGACUGCUCUGGGGAACUCUGCAGCCACCAGUAUGGAGGGACUCCACUGCAAGCAUAAAGUCAAAUUGACAUCUAUAGAAGAUAUUACCGUGUACAGAAAGAAAGGAGAAGAAUUUCCCACCACCGGUCACAAAGACUUUAAGGGCACUGACUUUGGGAAUGCUGCUUCUGGUGUGUAUAGCGCAGCUCUUUUCCCAGGAGGAGGAGCAAGUUUAACAGAUGGGUAUUAUCUCUGUCGUCAGAUGUGUGGACAGGACGCCUGCUGCACUGGCUUCAUACUGAGCAAGAUUAUAUUAAAUAAAGGUACCAUUGUGUGCGGAUUGCUAAGGUCUCCUGAUGUCUUGCUGUGUAAUAAGAAUGACUGGAGUAGCACGUCGCGGUUGGGCGGAGAGGGAAUCUGCAGAGGGGUCGCAUCUAACAAGCAGAAGAAAAUGUUCUCAUUCUUCUUAGGAGGACAAGAGUUCACUGGAAGCUACUCGUUGUUGUCUCAGAGUGUCGGAAUGGUGGAGUACAGCACAGAGCUGACUGAGGACAUCAAAGAAGAGAUUCAGUCACUUUUCACUGGUUUUCAGAAUGUCUUCUUACGCACAGAUGUGAGGACUGCGAGCAGCGAGGCAGAGUGUCCAGCGAGGGCUCCCCAGAACGCUUCUGAUAUUACAGAGUCUGUACGGGGCUUUUUCCUUCCUGUGAACGAUGGUGAAGUUGUGAUAAACCAAGACGUUGUACUAGCACACACCCAAUACUGGAUCUCCAAAGAUCGGUACACACCUGAACAAGCACAGAACUGGUGCCUAUCACGCUGUAAGGAGCAAGAGUCGUGGUGUCGUCUGGUGGAAUUACGGGACUCGAUGAAAGAAUUCUUUACGUGUAUCAUUUACCCGGACACAUGGAAUUGCAAUAACUACACUGACCUCGUUCCAGCUAAUUGUGACAUCCUACUGAACAAUAAGCCCCAGAGAUUGUAUCGCAGGAAAGACACAAUUGGUAACAAAGUAAAAAACUUCUACGUACCCGUGCCGUACCGCAAGCUGGCACAGAUCACUGUGAGGAACCGGAUAACAGUGACUGAGGAAAGUGUAUCUAAAGGAUUUUUCCAGUGUGAGCUGCACUGUGAUGCUGACCCGUGCUGUAGAGGGUUUGGAUAUAUACAAAGGUCUGGGAUACAAGAGGGGUCGGCUCUGCCAGGGCUUUGCUCAACAGUUGAAGUUCUCAAGAACACAAAGCCAGUGCCGCUAGAUGAUUGGAUAACUCUGGACCCCAGUGCUGUGACAACUGAUUCUUCCCUCUCCACCUAUGACGAAGUGCAGAUCAGUCGAGAAUCGUCCAAUCCCCUUACCACAGUGCAGAGUUACUGUCUCUCAGAGUGUGCACGGGUCCCCACGUGUGUCACAACUACUAUUAAUGUGCUACAGACUGCCAUAAAAUGUCGAUUUUAUCCAGAAACACAAAACUGCUACUACAGUCUGAAAGGACAUCGUUGUCAGCUUCUAGUCCGAGAACCCGCAACUUACAUCUUCAGGAAGCGAGCUCCUGCCCAUCCCCCGGCAUCAGUCACCAUUCCUCAGGGUAUUGUUGUGGGCAAAUCUCAAGCUGUUCUUAUUGGCUCGGAUGUUAAGACUGUGAACCAGUUCCUUGGUGUCCCUUACGCUGCGCCACCUACUGGGGAGAACCGUUUCCAACCUCCACGUCCAUAUACUUGGACUGGCACGUGGAAUGCCACUUUUGUUAGGUCAAGCUGCCUACAGCCAGGAGAUGGGAAGGCCCAGUACUCUUCUGUUAGUGAAGACUGCUUGUAUCUUAAUGUCUUUGUUCCCAAAAUUACAAGACUGAGCACAGCCAUCCUCUUGUACUUUCAUAACAGUCCCAGUGACUACGGUGAGAAUGGGCAGACGUUUAUUGAUGGAUCAUACCAAGCUGCCACAGGGGACAUUAUCGUUGUGACCGCAGGGUACAGAGUUGGUGUCUUCGGUUUCCUAAGUGCUGGUAAGACUGUGCCAAAUGGGAACUGGGGCCUACUAGACCAGACUGCAGCCUUGAAGUGGGUCCAGCAAAAUAUUGCUAAUUUCGGUGGUGACCCUGAACAGAUCUGUGUUGGUGCGGACCGAGGAGGAGCUGAUAUCUCCAGCCUUCACUUAUUGUCAGCAGAGAACAAAGCCAUCAGAAGAGCUGCACUAAUGGGAGGUUCGGCCUUUUCUCCAAUGUUGACCGUAAGUGAGACAAGAGCACGGGAGCAAGUGAAGUUCCUGGCAGAGGAAGUGGGCUGCUCUGCCACAGAUGAUGGGGGACUCCUAGCUUGCUUGGGCAAAGUGGACGCCAUUGCCCUUAACGCCGCCCAGACCAAGCUUCUUGCCAUUCGCGGACCCUUCCAAACAUGGGGACCUGUUAUAGAUGGCUUCUACCUGAGGGACACACCAGCAAGGCUUCUCCAGCAGAAAGCUGCCCAGAAUAUAGACUUGUUUAUUGGAAGUACUGAGCAUGACGGGCUGAUCAGCAGGGCCAAAGCUAUUAAGAGAUUUGAAGAAAGUCAAGGCCGAGGAGACAGCAAGAUGUCAUUCUAUCAGGCUCUGCAGAACUCCUUAGGAGGUGAAGAGAGGAACCCGCUCGUCCAAGAGGCCGCUGUUUGGUUCUACUCUCUUCAGCAUUCCACAGAUGACUAUUCCAGCUUUUCCAGAGCUUUGGAGAACUCCACCCGGGAUCACUUCAUUUCAUGUCCUACAGUCAGAAUGGCCGACCACUGGUCCAGUAACUCCAAGGGUCAUGUCUUCAUGUACUACGCUCCUGAGACUUACACACAAAGCAGUUCCGGCGUGGAUCUGCCUGAAGAUGUCAUUUACGCUUUCGGAAUUCCAUUUCACUCACUUUAUAGAAAUCAGUUUUCUUAUGAGAAGAGGAAGCUUUCCUUACAGAUCAUGCAGUACCUGGCUAACUUUGUGAAGACAGGAAACCCCAACUUUCCGUACGCUUACUCAAAGAAAAGGAACGUCGCAUUACCACCAUGGCCUGAAUAUCGGACACAAAGUGGCGGCAGAAAAUUUAAAGAGUUUACCAAGAGCCUGCGGAGUGGACAGGAUCUGAAACACACUGAAUGUUCUUUCUGGAACGAUUACGUCCCAGCACUUAAACUGUCUACAAGUGUCAAGUCUUCCAUUGUGUCCUUCACAAGUGUAUCGCCAUCUGCAGUCACACAAGCCGGUCCAAAGCAAGACAAAGAGUCAUACAAUUGA